GAUAAACAGAAGGAGUUGUGCUGCGGUUCCAAAGAAUCAGAGAGCGUUUUAUUAAAAAAAAAUGAACAUUAUCAAUGCUGUGGGAACCAAAGUUUUGAUGCUCAAGAAAACUGUUGCAUUAGAAAGAGUGUUACCAUUCACCCAAAAAAUGAAACCCUUUGUCAAGAACAGCUGCUGCCUUCUAAUUUGUCAAAGGCCAAUGAGAGCAAGAGCCCUCAUUCAAAAUCUCACGGAUUAGUGAAUCGUGCUAAAAUCCCAGAACCUAAGAUGAGCUUCUUAUGUGGUUCUUGGGAAUAUGACCCCAGCAGCCACAUCUGCUGUGAUGGUAAUCUCUCAGAACUGAAAGACAAAAAACAGUGCUGCGGAGGGAUAACUUACCGUGUAGCAGAGCGAGGGAAACUGUGCUGCAAUGGAACUCUGCAUCACAAUGUCCCAGAAGGCAGUCGGUGUGCAGGAAAGGAUUUCUACAACCCCAAUAAGGAGACAGUUUGCGAGAACAUCAUACACCCAAAGGCACAUGGAUACUGCUGUGGACGUCAUCUUUUAGACCCCAGCACAGAACUUUGCUGCAAUGGAUACAGGUACACGAGAUCACCUGGGAAAGUUUGCUGUGGCGCCGAAGCAUACAAUUCCUCAGACCCGAUGCAAAAGUGCUGCUCUGGUCACCUGCACAAGCUGAGCAGUGUGGCAGGGGCGGCCGAGUGCUGUGGGACACAAGCGAUAACGGAUACGUCCAAGCAGCAGUGCUGCAUCUCCUCACAGUGGGAGCUGGUCUACAGUUCCCGCCCCGAGUUUUCCUGCUGCGGACACCAGUACUACAACACCUCUGAAUUCUUCUGCUGUGCAGGGAUCCUGCACACUGGAACCGGACAGAACCUAAAAUCCUGCCCUUUGCAAGCAGCGCACAUCAAGGAAUGCAGCCAUCUGAACUUGACGUAUCUCUGCUUACAGCCCCAGAAUGCCACAGUUAAGCUGGGUACACUAGAGGCAACAUGGCAGGAGGAUAGCUGCCGGCACAUCGUGCUGACAAACGUUUUCACCAUCUACCUGAGAGAGGGACGUGCAGAACUAAAGGCUAGUCCUCUCUCAUUCGCUAUGGAUCAUUGCAGCUGCCCAGAGCUGGACGCUGGCAGGCAGUACCUGUGGAUUGACAGGUCAGGGGAUGCUGGUGGGGACAAAGUCCUGAUCUACCCUACUCAGGAGCACCACACUUCCUUGCUCCCUGUUGUCCUGUCCGCAUGCAAAAAAUCCUGAGGUUACGUGGACAUCUCAGCCUAGUAGCAUUAGAGCCUGACAUUUUUUCUCCACUUGUUCUCAUGCAACCAUUUCAAUAAUCUGUGCUCAAGGGAAAGCUUCACCUGUAUAUUAAAUCAUGUUAUUUAAUCAUAGAAGUCAUCUCAGACAAUUUCAGAUGGCAAAUGAAAACACUGAUGACCAGUGAUAAGACUUGAACACUAUCACAUGUUUCAAAUGUGCCUACAUAAAUACGUAGUUUGCGUUUAAGAGGUGCUGGAAAUGUAAAGGAAUUACGGACAAAAAUUAAAAUACAUAAAAUAAGCAGAAAUGGAGCUGCAAAAAAAAAGAACUAAAAUUAAUGUUUUUCAAAUUAGUUACUGUAAUUAAUCUGUCCUUCCAAUCCUUUAUUGAUUUUGAUUAAAACAUUACUCAUACAAGGAUAGAAGACCUGAUAUAAGCUUGAAAUUAUAGAAAGUAGCUGCUCUACUUUUCCAGCAAUAAUAGCUGUGCUAAUCUGUGCCUUGCUAAAUAGUCUCACUGUUUUCCCGUCUGCCUUGUUUUCACCGACCAAAAAAAAUUAUAGAUUAGGACAAAAUAUAAUAAUUGGCUCAGUAGCCUAUCCAAUACCACAGUGGCAUUUUAUGAAGUUGUCAGUGUUGAUCUUGAGGAAAGCUGCUGAGGCAGACAACGUAAUGAGCACAAAGUGGAGGAAAUAUCCAGGCCCUUCUACUGGGGUAGUGGAAAACAUUUUAACUUUAAUG